GUAACUGUCACGUCGCUCGCCAACACGUCUUCGACUUGUUCUUGCCUGAGCAGCCCUAAAGCCACUUCUACUUCCAUUAGGAAAUUUUCACGUCUGUUUAUUCUCGCUUCGAACUCCAGGAGCGAUGGGACGGCUAAGUCAAGAUGUGUGUGUGGCUGUCUUCUGCGUACUUGCUGCCUUACUCCAGCCCACCUGCAGCGCCCCCCACGAGCAGGCGGAGACGAGUCACUUCACUUUGCAUCGCGAAGGGGCGCCACCAGUUCCUUCGCCGCACAGCGGUCAACGAAGCCUACAACGCGGAGAAGGCAUCCCUGACAUCCUCGGCUUGAACAGGCAAAGAUGGGAAGCCGCCCAUGGCCAUCCUGCAGCGGACCUGCAUGCUCCCUCAGAAAUCCAAAACUCCUACAGGAUGAAGCGCGCCCUGAGCCUGUGGGGGAUGCUGCAGACCUCCAAGCCCAGCCUCGGAGUCACCGGCCGCCCGCGCCAGCCGAGCAAGGGCGCCGGGCCAGAGGGCAAGGGGCCGGCCAGACCCGUCGGGAAGCAGCCUCUUCGCUGGGGGAGAUAACUGCCUCGGCGCCGCUCAGGGCCUCGAGGGGGGGGGGUGCGCCCAA